AUGAAUAAGCCAUUAGAAAUUUUAGAAUUUUUUAAUAUAAAACUUUCUAUUAAUUUAAGUUUAGCUUUUAUAAUUUUAAAUAUAUUAUUAGUCUUACUUUCUACUUUUUUAAUUAGAAAUGUAAAAAAAAAAGGACAAAAAGGAGAUUCUAAAAAAGGUCACAUAAUUUUUGAAGAUGAAGUAUUUGAAGAAAAAGAUAAAAUUACUGAUAGGAAAAUAUAUAUAAACACAAAACCUAUUUUAAAAAGUAAAAACGAAUUUGAUGAUGACAUAUAUGAAAGAAGUGAAGAAAAUAAUUAUGAUAAAGCAUAUUUAAAAGAAAAAAAAAAAAUAAAAGUAUACUUAAAAUUAAAUGAAAGGUUAGAAAAAAUUAAAGAAGAAUUAAGUUUAGUAGACAAAGAGCUAAAAAAAAUUUUAUAUGAAGAAGAAAAUUUUAAAUUUACAUAUAUAAAUAUAGAUGAUAAAUUAAAUAACAAAAAAAUUACAGAAAUUAAUAAUUUUGAUAAAGAGAAUGAAGAUACGAAAAAUAACCAUAAUGAAAAUAUAUGUGCAAUGAAUUCAUUAGAAAGAAGAGUUAAUGUAGGAUAUAACGAAAAUGAUAAAUUAAUAAAAGAUAAUUAUUCAAAUUGUAAUAAUAAGACCACAAUAGUUAAUUUAAAAAAUGAUUAUGGUAGCAAUAAUUUAAAUGAUUAUAUUAAUAAAGCAACUAAAACAUCUGAAGAUAAUGUAAAGAAAAAAAGUGUAUUCAAUAUUAGCAAUGUAGUUAGUAAUACCAUAGAGGAUGUUUUAAAUAAUAAUAAAAAUAAUAAAUUCAUGAAAAAUAAUGUUAUUAACUAUAAUAACAAGCAAGAAAAUUUAGAUAAUAAUGAAAGUAUAAAUACUGUAAAUUAUAAAGAAGGUUUUUCAAAUAAAGAUGGUGAAAGUGUAAUUGAUUUAAAUUAUAAAGAAAAUAUCAAUUCUAAUAAAAAUACUAUCUCGAAAGAUGAUGAUGAGAAUAAUAUAUCUAAAAAUUAUCAAGAAAAAAAUUAUAAAGAAUGUGUAAAUAUAGAAAAUGACAAAAUUGAUGAAAAUAUAUUUAUCAAUGAUGAAGAUUUACUAAGAGAAAAACUAAGAAAUAAUCAGUCAACUGAAAAUAAAUCUGUAAAUGAAUUUAAAAUUAAUAAUCCAAAAGGAUCUAUUAAAAAUUAUUUAAAUAACGAAUUAGAUAAAACAAAUGAAAAAUUAGAAAGCUCUAAUUAUUAUUCUAAAAAAGAUGACAUUUUAAAUGAUAAAAGAGAAGAGUUAACUGAUUAUAAAAUAAAAAUAAAUAAUGAAAUUUUGAUUAAAAAUAAUCAACUAAAAAAUGAAAAUUGCGAUUUAAAUAAAAAAAAGAAUGUUAUUCGUAAAAGUGUAGAAAUGAAUAAAAGAAAAAGUGAAGGUGAUAAAGUUUACAUUAUAAAAAAAAAUGAUAUCAAUAAAAAUGAUAUAAAUGAAAAAAGAGGAGACAUUAGUAAAGUAGAUAUUAAUAAAAGAAAAAGUGUUAAUGAUAAAAAUGACUAUGUUAGUAAAAGAAAAACUGUAACAGAUACAGAUAACGUAAACAAAAGGAAAAGUAAUGUUGAAAUAAUUAAUUCCACAUAUAAAAAAAAAGGUAAUCUUGAAAAAAUAAAUGAUAUAAAUAAAAGAAAAAGUGAUGUGGAUAAAUUAAAUGAUUUAAAUAAAAAAAAAGGUGAUCUUGAAAAAAUAAAUGAUAUAAAUAAAAGAAAAAGUGAUAUGGAUAAAAUAAAUGAUUUAAAUAAAAAAAAAGGUUGCUCUAAUAAAAAUUAUAAUGAAGAUAAACGAAGAUAUGAUAUUAACAAUAUAGAUGACAUAAAUAAAGGAAAAGAUCAUUUUGAAAAAACAGAUGAUAUAAAUAAGUGGAAAGGAGAUAAUUGUAAUAUGGAUAUUACAAAUAUAAGAAAAGAUUAUACUGAAAAAUUUAAUGAUAUAGAUAAAAGUAAAAAUAAUUUUUAUAAAAUAAAUGAUGUUAAUAAAAUAAAAGAUGAUAAUGAACAAAUUGAUAACACAUAUAAAAGGAAGAGCGACACUAGUAAAAUAUAUUAUAUAAAUAAUGCAACUGAUAUACAAAGAGCUGAUUAUAUAAAUAAAAGGAAAAGUUAUAAUGACAAAAUUGAUCAUAAGGAUGAUAAAGGAAAUAAUUUUUGUAAAGCUAAUAAUACAAAUAAAAGAAAAAGUAAUAUUGAUAAAAUAGACAAUAUAAAUAUAAAGAAAGAAGAUAUUGGGAGAAUAAAUGAUAUAAAUAAAAGAAAAAGCUAUGUUAAUAAAAUAAAUGAUAUAAACAUAAGGAAAGAAGAUAUUGACAAAAUAAAUGAUAUAAAUAAAAGAAAAAGUGAAACUAAUAAGAUUGACGAUAUAAAUGUAAAGAAAGAAGAUAUUGAGAGAAUAAAUGACAUAAAUAAAAGGAAAAGUGAAACUAAUAAGAUUGACGAUAUAAAUGUAAAGAAAGAAGAUAUUGAGAGAAUAAAUGACAUAAAUAAAAGGAAAAGUAACAAUGAUAAGAUUGACGAUAUAAAUAUAAGGAAAGAAGAUAUUGACAAAAUAAAUGACAUAAAUAAAAGGAAAAGUGAUAUUGAUAAUAUAGAAGAUAUAAACAUAAGGAAAGGAGAUAUUGAAAAGAGGAAUGAUUUAAAUAUAAGGAAAGGAACUGUUGAUGAGGUCGAUGAUAUAAGUGCAAAUAAAGAAGAUAUUGACAAAAUAAAUGACGUAAAUAAAAGAAAAAGUGAAACUAAUAAGAUUGACGAUAUAAAUAUAAGAAAAGGAGAUAUUGACAAAAGGAAUGAUAUAAAUAUAAGGAAAGGAACUGUUGACAAUAUCGAUUAUAUAAGCACAAAGAAAGAAGAUAUUGACAAAAUAAAUGACAUAAAUAAGAGAAAAAGUGAAACUAAUAAGAUUGACGAUAUAAACAUAAGGAAAGGAGAUAUUGAUAAGAGGAAUGAUAUAAAUAUAAGGAAAGGAACUGUUGAUGAGAUCGAUGAUAUAAUCGCAAAGAAAGAAGAUAUUGACAAAAUAAAUGACAUAAAUAAAAGAAAAAGUAAUAUUGAUAAGAUUGACGAUACACAUAUAAGAAAAGGAGAUAUUGACAAAAUAAAUGAUAUAAAUAAAAGAAAAAGUAAUAUUGAUAAGAUUGAAGAUAUGAACGUAAGAAAAGAAGAUAAUGACAAAAUAAAUAACAUAAAUAAAGAAAAAAGUGAAACUAAUAAGAUUGACGAUAUAAACGUAAGAAAAGAAGAUAUUGACAAAAUAGAUGACAUAAAUAAAAGAAAAAGUGAAACUAAUAAGAUUGACGAUAUAAAUAUAAGAAAAGGAGAUAUUGACAAAAGGAAUGAUAUAAAUAUAAGGAAAGGAACUAUUGAUGAGAUCGAUGAUAUAAGCAUAAAGAAAGAAGAUAUUGACAAAAUAAAUGACAUAAAUAAAAGAAAAAGUGAAACUAAUAUGAUUGACGAUAUGAAUGCAAAGAAAGAAGAUACUGAGAGAAUAAAUGACAUAAAUAAAAGAGAAAAUGACAUUGAUAAGAUUGAAGAUAUAAACGUAUGGAAAGAAGAUAAUGACAAAACAAAUAACAUAAAUAAAGAAAAAAGUGAAACUAAUAAGAUUGACGAUAUAAAUGCAAAGAAAGAAGAUACUGAGAGAAUAAAUGACAUAAAUAAAAGAGAAAAUGACACUGAUAAGAUUGAAGAUAUAAACGUAUGGAAAGAAAAUAAUGACAAAAUAAGUGACAUAUAUACAAGUAAAAAUAUUAAUAAUAAAAUAGAUGAUGUAAACAUAGUAAACGGAAAUAUUAACAACAUUAAUGAUAUAAAUAAAAUAAAUGAAUAUAUUGAAAAAACACAUAUUAUAAAUAAAAGUAAAGAAUACUAUGAUAAAGUAGGUAUGAAUAGGGAAAAAGAUGAUAAUAAUCAAAUGGAUUGUUUAAAUAAGCAGAAUGACAAUAAUGAUAACAUAUAUAAUACAAAUAAGAGAGCGUAUGGAAAUAAUAUAAUGGAUAAUAAAAAUAUAAGAAAAGAAGAUGUUGAUGAAACGAAUGAUCUAAAAGAAAGAAAAGAAAAUGUUAAUCAAAUAAAUAAUACAAUUAAAGAAAAAGAAGAUUGUGAUAAAAUAGAAAAUAGAAAUGAAAAAAAAAGUGGUACAUAUAAAAUGGAUAAUACAGAUAAAAGAAAAGAUGAUGUUGACAAAAUAUAUAACAUAUAUGAAAGAAAAGAAGGUACCGAUGAAAUAGAUAAUGUUAAUAAAAAAAAAGAUACUGAUAAAAUAAAAGAUAGAAAUAAUAAAAAAAGUGAUAUAAAUAAAGUGGAUAAUUUAAAUAAAAGAAAAGAUAUUAAUAAUAUAGAUAAGGGGGAUAAUAAUAAAGGAGACAUUGAUAAAAUAUAUGAUAUAAAUAUAAGAAAAAAAGUUCUUGAUAAAAUAGAUAAUAUAAAUAAAAUAAAAGAUGAUUCUUGUAAAAGAGACAAUAUAAAUAACAGAAAAAGUGAUAAUGACAAUACAGAUGAUAUAAAUAAAAGAAGAGAUGGUACAAUAGUCGAUAUACAUAAAAAAAAAAAAAAUGAUGAAGAAGUUGAUUACAUAUAUAAUAGAAAAAAUAAUUCUGAUAAAACUGAUGAUUCAAACGGUCAAGGUGAUUUAAAUAAUUUAAAUAUAAAUAAUGUAAUUAGAGAAAAAACGGGACAGCACAAAGAAAAGCAAGAAUAUGAUAUAAGUGAAAAUGAUUUACAAACAUUAAAGGAUGUAAUAGAUAACAAUAAUAAAAAUGAGAAUAAAAAGAAUUAUUUAAAUUAUGAAAAUUUUGAUUUUAAAAAUCUUAAAGAAAAAUAUAAAUUCAAAGUGGGUAUAAAAGAUAGUGAAGUAAAUCAGUUAAAAUAUAAUUCAAUGAACGAGUUUAAAGAUAUAAAUGAAAUAAUUAUAUUACAAAAUAAUGGUUUAAAAGGAAGUUUCAUAAAUUCAAAAAAUAUAGACAAUUCAGAUGGCAUUGAAAAGAUGGCUGAAAAGAAUAGUUACGAAGGAUUUGAUAUAAAAGAUACUUUUAUAAAUGAUAUACAAUUAAAAAACAAAAAGGAAAAAAAAGACGUAGAAAAAUUAACUGAGGAUAUAAUCAAUCAAGAAAAGAUAUAUCAAUAUACAAAACACAAAACUAAUGUUGAUAUGUUGAGUUUUUCAAAUGAGACAAAUAGUAGAGACAUAAAAAAGCUAAAAAAAUGGAAAUCACAUAUGAUAUCAAAGAAAUAUGAAGAUGAUUGGCUAUCAUCAGAUGUACUAUUGUCAUGCUUCUUGAAUUUUAUAAAAUUAAAAAAGUAUGUAAAUAUAAAGGAGUUAUCCGUUAAAUUUCAAACUACAACUGACGAUAUAAGAGAAAAGUUAGAAGAAUUAGAAGAACAAGACAUGAUUAAUGGCGUUUUAGAUGAAAAAGGUAAUUAUAUUUAUUUAUCACAAGAAGAAAUUAAUAAGUUAUGUUUUGAAAUACAGUCAAAAGGAAAAGUAAAUACACGGGAAGAUUUUGUGAAAAUUUGUAAUAAAAUUAUAUCUUUAAAUAUUAAUGAUAAGGAUAAAGAAAAAUUAAAAGAAGAAGAGGAAAAAAUAAUUAAAGCCAAAACGGAAAUAUUUUAA